AUGUUUCAGGGAGAUCGCGACGAUGCGCCAAACAUAGCCAUAUUGCUGACGGACGGCUUCUCACAGGACGACAUUCUGGAGCCCGCUCGGUUGGCCCGAGAAAACGGCAUCACGAUCAUCGCCGUAGCCGUCAACCCUAACCAGCGGAACCUCGACGAAAUGUUGGAAAUCGCCGGCUUCGUCACUGACAACGUCCUGUUCAUCGACGACUACGAACGAAUUCACCGUUCCAUGGUUCAGUCUUUGGCCGUGACCGGACACAGAACCGAAUUCUCGUCAGACGAAGAACCGUCCGCCUACCGGAAGGCGUUGCACACUGAAUGUAAGGGCGACAGAGUGGAGGUAUCGUUACCGGAGCGGUCUGCAUUUGACGGCAUAAUCUACGUCAAAGGUUUCCUUGGAGUACCAAAUUGUUUCCGCAAUUUCUCGAAGAUUUUUAACGCCUACGAGUCAGACGAAAAAAGCCGUAACGGUGGCGCAAAGAUUGUCAUCAAAUACAACGAGUGCGGAACGAAGAGUAGUCGAAAGGUAAGCGCAUUUUUUCUUGAAUAUGAAUUUCCUAUGCACAAAAUUCACACCAAAUCAUGAGA